AUGUUGACGUUAGUAUUGACAGUUUGUGUACUGGGAAUAAGCUAUGGAGCACCCACUACCGCUCUACCAACGGAAAAACCUACAGUCACAUCAAAACCACCAGUACAACUAGCUAAUAACCAAUAUUUGAUUGAAUUUGAAGACUUUGCCUUUACCAACGCCUGGGAAAAUGACAAUGCACGAGUUCCUGAUAGAUCUGGUGCCUCCAGUUAUAAAAGUCUUCAUCUAUUUAAACAUGAAGCAAUAACAACUGAUUUCUGUCUUCCAAUAGAACAAGAUGUUUCCAUCAGGAAUAUAUUUUUCUCGAACGAUGGUUGGGUUGAUAUUUUAAGUGUGGAAAUUGAUGGAAAACCCAUAGGAAAAUUUCGCUCUGCUGACGAAUCUAAUUGGGGACGUUUAUGGAAUGAGUUCAACUUUACUGGACCUCUAGGUGAAUCGCAAAACCUGAUACAAGGACGUCAUGAAAUUACUAUUGUUGUCGAGGAUGGUGAUAAAUAUGGCGUGGAAUUAGAUGCUUUGAAGUUGGAAUUUAGCCGACCAGAUGUUACUAAGGAUUUAAAGUGUCCCGAGGAAGCAGGUGAGCAGGCUGUUCUCUAUGGCGAAGGCUAUCUUCAAUAUGAUGAGAAUCAAACCAAGAAUACAAAAUCUGGAAAUAACCCGAACAUAUCAAUUUAA